AUGCCAAGAUUCGGUCGUUCCCAUUAUCGAAUACAAAAGCCAUGGAAGCAGUACAGACCGAGAUUGACAUUUUUACCGGCUGUUGCAUCGAAUGCAUCUCUGACAGUAACAUCAUUUAUAAAACAAUUUCAUAAUGAUAACAAGUCGUCCGUUCCUAAAUCUACAACUAAAGAUGAUUCAAUUGUACAUCAUUUAUUUCUUCCAUGUCAGUUACCAAAUUCAGCUGAUUCUGAUUAUUUAAUUGGUAAUGAACAUAAAAACGAAUACAAAUUAUUAGAAUCUUUCAACGAAUUCAUCGAAUCAUUGAAAGGGAAGUUUCAUCACACAGUAUUCACAGAUUUGAUCAGAUAUCUCAGACGAUGGGCGUUUCUACAGGAUCCGAAUAAAUUGUCUAAUGUAAAUCUACAAGAGACAAUUGAACAAUUAGUACCAGGAGAUAUUUUACCUUUAUAUCUUCAUUAUCAAAAUGCAGCGAUUCUUAUUGAAAUCGAGAAUCAUAGUGGUGUUGAACAUACACUCAUUUCCGCAUGGCAAGUCCAAUUAUCGACAAAAAACAUCACGUCUUCAUUGCUGCCGCACUUUUCCUGCUUUCCUGUGCCAGUAUAUGAGUUACCUGACCGAUCUGAGUUGCAGUCUAAAGCUCAUUGUGAAUUAUUGAUCGAUUUGAUGCAGAAUCCGCUGGAGCACAACCAGACACAUCGAGUUUCUGGCUUGUUUGAUGAAACUCGAGAUAUUACAGUAUCACAUUAUGUUACCGAUUGGUGGAUUAAUCACUUUUCAGAUGUUAAAAAUGGCCAUCGAAGCAAUUCAUUAAUUUCAUUCAACAAAAAACAUCGCGAUCAGAUUCGAUGGAGAGAUGCUCUACUACCCUUUCGACGUUCCGGUUUAUGGAUGACGAUGAAAACAGUGCUUCAAACUAUUCUCAUCAAACGCUUGGGAAAAUUAGGAACAAUCGUUUACAAAUUCUUGAUUACCUACUUUCUCACUUCUAUUAUUCAUAAGCGACAAACGUCAAUGACGAGCUCGAAACUGGAUGUCGAUCUACUAAUGCAUUGUUCGAGAAAAAUUGUUCGACGGCUAAAUAAAAUUGAUCAUUUAAGAUUCACUAUCGAAAACAAAGAUAUCUUCGUUUGGGUCAAUGCUGUUAUCGAAGAGAUAACUCUAAGACUAGGCGAAAUUAUUCCGAAUAGCACCUGGCAGUUUUCUAUUGAGAAAAGUAGAUACACAAGAGGAAGAUUAUCGACUAUGAUGGUUGAUGUGGAUCGAUUACAAACCUAUCAACAUUCAUGUCAACAGUUAAAAUCGUAUCUAAGUGCGUCAACACAACAUUUUUUACAACAACAAUCUUCAAUCAAUUAUGCACAGAACACAUCGAUGUUAAAUGAUCUACAAAUUAAUGAUGAAUUACCUUCCCCAGCAAUUUUGACAUAUUCUUCCACAGAUACUGAUGACGCCGGUUUGAUACUGAUAGAAAUUUGGAUUGAAACUAGAUUGCAACAAUGGACACAGCGUUUGUUAUUAGCUGAAAACGAUAAAACACAUUUUAAGAAACUAUUAGAACUUUUCGAAGCAUAUCAAACAAAAGCACUCAAACAUUAUUCGAACGACCAGCAGCAGGCAGAUGGCUUCGGGUAUAGCCGAUAUAUCCUUACUUCUUUGACUAUCCUUCGUUGCAUGCAUGAAAAGUUAUGUUCCGAUCAAAGAUUUCAACGAUUAUCGUUUCACGUCAUUGAAAUUCCUCAUCUCAUCGAACUGUUCGAAUAUUUAAUUUUGCCUACUCAAGAAGAUAUGAUCCGAGCUCGUCAACUUUACGAUUACUUUCUAAAAUUUACUCAGAAACCAUAUCCCGAACUGCUGAAUGACAUCGAACGAAGUGAUGCAUUUGGUGUUCAUUAUGCGAGUCAAUCAGAAGAAAUGAAACAAACACUUCGAGAAAUUCAAGCUGAAGCGGAAAGAGAUAAGCUAGCAAAACGGCAGGAGUUUAUUGCAGCUAAACAAAGAUAUAAUUCUUUGCAGGAAGCAGCAAAAUCAUUGGAAUGCGAAUGCGAGUUCGUUGAAGAAUUCUUUCGAGGUCGACGUCGUCGUUAUAAGCGGAAAUGCCGACGAUGUAAAUUGAUUGAAGAAGCGAAUAGUAUUCGCGUGGAGUAUUACGAAUGUCCCAUACCUGAAAAUGAGAAAAGUGCAUUAGCAGUUGUUUUUGAACUACAAAUGCCAAUUGAGUUUCGAUGUUAUCGCGAGAUUCUAUGGCAAUUCGUUAGUCGUCUUAAUUCGAAUGCUUCGUCUCAUGGAAUGCAUGAAUGGUUAAACUCUCGACCCCAUUCUUCAAAACUAUCCAAAUUUUUAACUGAUCGUUCGAAUUGGAAGGUGAAGUUAGUCUCUUCGUGUAAAUCGUUCAGUGAAACGCAUUAUUCACGACAAUUUUCUUCAUGGACAUCAGUAGAUGAAUUUUUACAACCGAAUCAUCUCCAAGUACGAAUCAAUCAUACAGAGUCGACUACAUUUGAAAACGAAUGCAGAAUAUUAACAGCUCAGCUAGAAGACCCAAAUUACAAGCUUUUACAAUUUACAAUCGACAACACAUGUCCACUUAAACAGAAUAAAGUCAUCACAGAAUCAGUUCGAUGUCCAUUGGCACUUAGAUCAACUGAAUUCAUCGAAUUCGGGUCUUUUCGUUUAGGUCAUCGUUUACAAUGGUGGCACCUGUUAAGUGCUUUAGAACUUGAUUCACUCUCAUUCGAUGAAGAAAGCGUGCUUCUUCUCAUAACACAUUCAAUAACACAAUACGGUCCGGUAACAGACGACACAAGUCAUUUUAGUUAUCCAUGGUGUCCUGAAUCUCAUCUAGCACUACUCGAUGAUGAUUUUCUUGACGAAUUGCUUUUGAGACUUGAUCGUCGUCUGGAUGAUUGCCGUUCAAAUUGGCAAAACGAGUUGACAUUUCUCCUAACGACGAUAAUAAUCAUGAGAAUCUUAACAAUCUGUAAUGAAACAAAACACAAACGUCUAAUAGAAUUGGCAUUGAAAUGUCGUAAGAUUGGUCAGUCAUCAAUCGGGAAAAUCUCCAAAAUUUUCCAAACGACCACCUCCAUCAACAUAGGUGAGAUGCAAAAAUUACGUGAUAAAAUCGUCAUUAUUGCUUCAGCAUGUUUAUUCACUUUCUCACUCUACCCGAAAUUCCGUUCAUUAUCCGAUUCCUCGGUCGUUUCAUUACUCACAGCAACGACAGCCAUUCAUGAUAAUAAUGCACUAAACAAAAAUCCAACUCGUAUGAGUAUUUUCAUGCGAAAUUUAAUGCGAUGGAAGAACUAUAAUCUACUCAAACUCGGAUCAACAAUACUUGCUCGAUAUCUGCAUGAAUCGUCCUAUCAAAGCUUACAUCAAUUUGCUGUGAUACACUGGGGGCUUAUAAAAACUAUGCAAAUCAGCAAUGGACAAUGGCAAAAACGUAUGUCAAAAACCUUCGAUGGCUGGUACGAUGGUCAAUAUCAAUCGAUCAAAAUAUCUAUUGAUUGUUUACAAGGAAAGUUUUUAGUCAAUGGCAUGAGCAUUGGUUUUCUACCUGGGGAAAUUACAUCGAGUGAUUUAUUCCGUCGAACAUUUGGUGAACAUGUUUUCGAAGUGCAACCGGGUGCAUCACCGAAUACCUAUGUCACAAGACAUGCCUAUCAUGAUAAUCAAAUUUAUUAUGAAUUUCGAUCCAAUCGUUCAUUUUGUAAUAACAUAACUAUUCGAGCAACGUAUCGAACAGGUGAAGUCUUUCAAUUAAUACCGAAGACAUAUUUUCAAAGUGAAUUCGCUACGAAAUUUGUCGAAAAUUAUAGUCAUUGGAUCAAUCAAACGACCAAUGUUAUUCAAUUCCGUCCAAUUCAUUUCCAAGAUGCUCAGUUUCUAACCCAUAUAUCAUACGUGUUAGAUCUAAACAAUGGAUUUCUUAUAAGAGAAAACAUGAAAAAAAUCCAAAUUCUCAUUAAUCACACAUCAUCUGUUUUUCAAAACUUAUUCAAACUGUACUUUCGUCGUCUCGACACAGAAGAAUAUAUUUAUAUGUUCAGAGACGAUGCUUAUCCGAUCUUGAGAACAAAACAAAUGCCACUGAAUUGUCAUGUACACAUUCAUCUGCCUCGCUUAGGUCUCGCAUUCGAAUACGACGCUGCGAGAAAGAAGAUUCUUUCUCGAGAGUAUUCAGGUAUGUACAUUGCCGAAAAUCAAUGUUUUGAAACGUUAACGGGACUAAAAGCUGGACUUCUUCUCUCGCCUACUUUGAGUGGCGCAACCAAUCGUAAACUUCUCGUUCCGUUUGGACAAGUUCAAGCGAAGAAAACCCUGUCCAGUGAUCAUCAAUUUGUUUUUAUCGACAGAGAUGCAAAAAUGUCAUUUGCCCAUCAAUAUUUCGUUUUUAUUCUUAAUGAUCGUCUACGUAUUCUCCAAUCAUCAGAUAGUCCAACGGGUUGGCUAUAUCUGGCAUUGUUACAUGCGUUGACAUCGCAUACUUUACCUGAUGUCUAUACUGGAAUGACGGGAAUGGAACGCGCUUUUCAAUUACUCUACUCUGCUGGUUGUUGGACUGAUCAGCCUUUUGAUUCACUUUCGCUCAACAUCGCACAUCAAAUAGCGAAGAUUUCUCCCAAAGUCCAAUACUAUCCAUCACAUCUGAAAUGUAUGAAAACGAUCCAAUGGAAUGAACAAAGUAUACCCUAUUCGCUUCAACACUUCGGUUAUUACUUGAUAAUAAAAAAACUAAUCGUGGCUAGUGAACAAUUAAGCUUCAUGUAUUCAUCAUCAGAGUCAGUGGCGAGUGCGCUCCCAUCGAAUAACAUCGAGCUAUUGGAGAAAAUCUACAUGGAUUAUCGAGAUUCUUACAAUCCAACAGCUCGACUAUCCGACGAAAUGGAGAAGGAAAUCAUCGUCGAACCCAAGUUGUUUUCUUAUGAGCCGACGCCUGCUUUCGAUUCCGACACAACAGACAACAGUAUUUAUCGUCUAUCAGAAGAUCUCUAUAAGUCUGGAGAUUUGAAUCUAGACGAUCCUUCUACCAUACACUGCUUUCCUCUGAGAGAAUGGAUCAAAAGAAACGGUGAUUUCAAGACGAUCUUCGUUGGUCUUUUGAAAUUACUCGAACGGGCGAAAAUGCCUACAAACAACAAUCGGUCGGAUGAAAUCGGUCGACUAGAUAUUCUCUUCAAUUUUCUUCAUUAUAUAUCGAAGAAAUGCUCAAUCAGACCAUUCUAUUUAAACAUGUUCAGAACACUCUUGAGAGAUAAUUCAAUUAUCUUAGUUUUACCCAUCUUUCCUCCAUUUGGUUCUUACAGAAAAAUCGAACAAAUCCAAGUCCAUCGAGAUUCAAUAACACUGUAUUCGGUCACUGAUGAAGAAAAACGUGCGAAAAUCUUCGCUGAAGUGGAGGAGUCUUUUCGACAGAAUCUUCCUUACACUGAUCAAUUGAAAUUGUUAGACAACGAGUAUUCUAAGAACAGAAUCAAUGAAUUAUUCGCAUUAUGGCGAUUGAAUAAACAACUGCAAGACUUUAUCAAACAUAUUGAGCAAAUCAUGGAUUCGAUCAAGUACACGUCGAUCGUUCGAAUCCGAAUUGGUCAACUACAAAUUACACGUGAAAUAGAUGAUAAACAUCAUCAAAUUCAAGUUCGAUCAGCGAAUUUACCGGUCGAUCCAUUAUUAUUGCUGGGUGCUCAUCGAAAGUAUUGUUGUCAUUCUUCCGAUAAUCCACUUUGUUUAAAACAAUCAACUAGAAUUUUUGAAGACAAAAAGCCGUUUCCCGAACAGAUUUUUUCAUCGACUAGUUCAGAUGAGAAUCAUCUUAGUGACAUAACCAAGUUCUUCAAGCAACAACUGCGGACAAGUUGGCAAAAAUUUCAGUCUGAGGAAAGAUUUCAAUGUGAGCAUCUAUCCAUAAGCGAAAUGGAGAGAUUUCUGUGUUCGACUCGUCAAGAAUCUGCUCAACUGUGGAAGGAAUUGAUUCGAUUGAUCAGAACAAACAAUGAACUAUUGUUCGAUACUGGUUUAGCGUUGCGUAUGACUCCAUCCGUUCUCGUGUCUCUCCUCCAUGAAAUAUGGUUAAAUGAAGAUGAACACAAACAUGAUAAACCAUCCAAUUCUGCAAAAAAGCAAAAGGUUCAACAAUCUGAAAGAGAAGCAUUUCUAACACCGGAACGAUGUAUCUUAUUAGGUGGAAUAUUGGUCAACUGGACUGUUGAACAGCGUCUUCAACGAAUAAUCCAUUGUGCCAAUCAAAAACAAAAGGAAGAUUUCGAGAAAGAAGCAUUGAAUAUUCCACAUGUAAAUUGGAUUCCUUCAGAACAUGUUCCAUGGUUGAUUUUAGAAUUGGAAAUGAACAUCACUAUUCGCGAUAUUCAAGUUAAAGUGGCACGUCAUAUGAUGGAUCCAAAUCGACUCGAUGGUGAAGAUAAUCAAGUGAGAAAUAUCGUCAUGCAAAUGAAUAUGGGCGAAGGAAAAACCUCAGUUAUUAUUCCCAUGUUAGCACUUAGUUUGUGCUCAUCAACAUCGAGUUUAGUUCGAAUCAUAGUUCUCAAAUCUUUGUUGACUAUGAAUUAUCAAUCGUUGAGAUCCAAAUUGGGCGGUCUCCUCAAUAGACGAGUUUUUCCAUUUACAUGUCGUCGCGAUAUGAAAUUCGGUCAAACACAAGUCGAACAACUUGAUCGACGUCUUCGGCAAGGUAUGAGCAGACGAGAUAUUGUCUUAACCGCACCAGAAUAUAUCCUUUCAUUCGACUUAUUAACUAUCGAUAAAUGCCGACGACAAGAAUUUACAGUUGGGGAAGAAAUGUUAAGAGUUCAGCAAUGGACUAAACGAUGUGUUCGUGAUGUUUUGGACGAAUCCGAUGAAAUUCUUCAUGUUAAGUAUCAACUCAUUUAUACGAUUGGACAGCAGAAACCAGUUAGCGGCGGAGCUCAACGUUGGAAGACGAUUCAAUUGGCCUUAGAAUUGGUAAAGAAAAACGCAGAGCUUAUUGCACAAGACUAUCCAAAAGACGUUCUCUACGAAAAAUCGUUACGGUCAAGUCAUUUUUCGUCAUUUCGAUUGUUAUCACGAGAACCGUUUCGAAACUUAGCAGAAAGAGUAGUCAAUGAUUGGCUUAACGAGCAAUCCUAUCGUCAGGAAGAACGUCAACUUCUAUCCUCGGUCAUUUUAGAAAGCACUACGUCGACUGAAUGCCUUCAGGGCCGAUUUUCACAGGAGAUUCUUCAACGAAUACUUAUUUUACGCGGCCUCCUUUCGUCUGAAGUAUUGUUUCAAGCAUUGACCAAACGUUACCGAGUGAAUUUCGGUGUCAAUCACGAUCGGAAAUUCAAUCGUCUCAUGGCUGUACCAUUCCGUGCCAAAGAUGUGGCAGCCGAGAAUACAGAAUUUGGUCAUCCCGAUAUUGCCAUUGUCUUAACUCAACUCUAUUACUAUUACGACGGAUUAACUAAUGAUCAGCUGUCAAAGUGUUUCAAACGUUUGAGCGACGUAGAGAAGCACCCCGAAGAAAUCUAUCAUGAAUGGAUUUUGUAUGAAAAUGGCGAUUGUCUCGAUCCGAGUAUCAAAACAUGGGAAGGAAUCAAUUUAAAAGAUGAUCAACAAAGGACUCUUCAUCUUUUCCCAACUUUUCGGAAAAAUAUGUUGGUGAUCAAUUAUUUUCUCAAUCAUUUUGUUUUCCCUCAAGAGGCGAAACAGUAUCCCGAAAAACUAGUCUCUUCUUCUUGGGAUCUAUCCACGGACCGUCGUGCAAAGAUUCUGACUGGUUUCAGUGGCACUAAUGAUACACAACUGUUGUUACCCAUCCAUAUUCGUCAACACGACCUACCCGAACUGAUGAAAACUGAUGCCGUUGUUCUCAACAAUCUACUUCGACAGGAAAAUGAAUUUUAUCAGUCUCUACCAAUUAGUAUCAAAGUUAAAGAUAUCUUAGAGAAAAUCUGCAGUGAUCAACAGCGCAUUCAAGUCGUUCUUGAUGUUGGUGCGCUCUUCAUCAAUGGUAGUAACCGCCAAAUAGCAAUUCAAUGGUUAGGAAAGUCAAAUCGAGCUGAAAUAGAUUAUGCUGUUUAUUUCCAAUCUGACUCACUUUAUGUUUGUGAUCGACAAAAUCAGCAUCACCCUUUCGCCAACUCUCCAGCGAGUGAAAGACUUGAACGUUGUGUUUUUUACCUGGAUGAAGUUCACACACGAGGAACGGAUUUCAAAUUUCCAAAAGGAUUUCGGGCAGUUGUUACACUUGGCAAUGGUUCAACCAAAGAUCGAUUCGUUCAAGCUUGUAUGAGAAUGAGGAAACUAGGUCAUGGCCACUCGCUCAGUUUUUAUAGUUCACACGAAGUUGAUCAACGAAUUCGUCUGUUGAAAAAGACCACCGAUGAGAACGAAUCUAUCACGUUGAUUGACGUUCUCCGUUGGGUCUAUGAGAAUAUUCAACAAGCCGUUUGGAAUGGUCUUCAUCAUUGGGCUGCACAGAGUCUCAGUUAUCAACGAAAACUCGCUGCAUUUCGAAAUAUUCAAUGGGUCGACGAACAGAAAUACUUUUCUCCAUUGAUUAUGCAUCAAUUUCCUUUAGAUUGCAUAGAACAAGAAGUUCUCGAGCUACACCAAAUGUACGGAAUGUCAAAAUCAAUGCAGAAGAUAGCUGAUAUCCAUCGUUCUCGUUCUCAUCAAGUUAGUUUUCAACUGUCACCUGAGAUCAAUACACUUGUCCUAAGUCGGUUGAAUUUAUACGGUGGAUCGAGAACAUUUCUUGCUCAUACAUGCGAUGAGGAACAAGAACGAGAGUUCGAACGAGAAAUCGAACAAGAAGUUGAAGAAGAACGACAACAGGAACGACCAACACCACCAGUACCGCAUCGACCAAUCUUACAUGAAGAAAUCAAGAAAUUAGCUGAUCAACAAAAUCCUAUGAUGAACUUAGCUCAACUUUCAUCAGUAUUCUGUUCACUUCCACAAGCUUUUCUUGCUACUACCUUUGCGUCACAUAGCCAGCCAUCGGCUUGGAAACAACACUUAUGGAUAUCUAAGGAAUUUCAAAGCGUGAUUAAAACACGAGGAGAAUCGUUGGAUGCAUUUCUGCGACAUCCACGGUGGAUAGUUGUCUAUCGUCAGAAACAUAUCAUCUUUCUCAGUCCAUACGAAGCUAAUUGCUUGAUCGAUUUACUUCAGCACUCAUAUCAACAAUGUGGAAUUGCUUCUCAACCUACAACAACUCUACGUCUGUUUUUACCACGAUUGAAAAGAAAUCAGUCAAUCUUAAUCAAUACAUCAACUUUGUCUGUCCCUUCAUCAUCUUUUUCUGUUCCGAAAGACUGGUUGGCACCAUUGUUUGUUUUUAAUGGUACUCUUUACUUCAGCGAUGUCGAAGAACAAAGAGACUACUGUCAUUUCUUAGGCAUUUGUCCAAAUCCUCGAUUGGAGAAGGACGAGCAGAACGCUUUUGAGAAAGGUUGGAUCGAUAAUGAUGGAUUUAUCCAAAACUCGGAACAUCGUCGUCAUCUGCAAAUGAACCAAUGCCAUUUUACUUAUAAUCCACUAAAUUUAGUUAGAAAAAUUCUCGAGAAUCGAUUAAAAUGCCAUAUUCCCGUUAGAUCACAUGUUGGAUCACUUAUUCUCAAUGCAAAGAAAGUUUUGGUUUAA